ACCUACCCCAAAAGCGUUUGCGCGUUUCCCAGUUUUCCUUGUUUUCCCGUGCCUAGACCUGGGAGAAAGGGAAAUGUAGUCUGGCAUUGGCAUUGGCCUAAUUUUUUCUGGAAUAGCGACGGGAUUUAACAAGGAGUUCUUGUUAGUAACUCGCAGUAGUAGUUUUGCAGUUGCCGAAGAAGUCCGCCGUUGUCUUUGUACUUAGUGGCCCCUCGGAAGGUUGAUACGAAGACAAAAUGACUUCAGCAAAAGGGUAUAAAAUAACUGAUUCAGAAAGAAAAACAAGAGUUGGUAUCGCAGCAAAGAAUAUAGAUGAUCUGAAGAAGAAGACUAUAGAGAAGUUUAAGUUAUCAUAUGAACCUUCGGACAUACAUUUUCAGAUGCCUGAUGGGACAAUUGUGGAUUGCAAUGGAUAUUUUGAAACAUUACCUGCUCAAAGUCUCCUAAUAUGGGUAAAAGAAGGCGAAAGAGCUGAAACAGAUGCUGAAAUAUUGUAUAAAACGAUCCGAGAAGUGAAUGAGGAGUAUUUGAAUGCUGGAGAAAAAGUCCAGGAAUUUUUCACGGAGAAAAUGAAGAGCAAAGUUUUUAAAUUGGCUGAGGUGCUGAAAGGCAUCGAUACGGAAAAGGUGAAGCUUUGUACAAAGGCAGAACAUCCAGAAUGGUUUGAGGGCCUGGACAGCAGGGCCGCCACCAAAGAGGAGUACAUGUUCCGCCGUGCCCAGGACCGCAUCCGCACCUACUAUUACCGCACCAAAGAGGACCUCUAUCGCUCCACUAACACCACCACCACCUCGCCGUCCCUAUCCAAACAGCUCGGCGCCCUUUUAGCCGACCUCCAGAGUAAGUUAAAGCUGAAUAAAUACCACGGCCAUUUGUUCGACAGGCACGCCGCUGCUCAGGACCCAAACCUAAAGUCCAUGUGCGACGCCAGUGGCGCGUUCGGCUGCGAGGGCCGCUGGGACAAGGACAGGUGCCUGUACGAGCCCGCGCACUCGAUCAACCCGUACGAGAGCAGGGAGAGCAGGAUCGUGUUCCAGACGUGGAACCUGGACCACCAGGUGGAACGGUCGCGGAGCGUGAUUCCCGCCGUUCGCGAGGCCCUCAGGCUUUGCGAGGAGGAGGGUGGUUCGAUCGAUGUGAAGGCUAUUUAUAACGAUUUGUUUACUGUGAAUAAUUUGAAGCUGGUUCACAUCGUUUGUCACGAUAAGGGGGCGCAUUCGAGUAAGAAGGCGGGGCCGUAUUUGAUCAGUUGAAUUAAUUUGACGUGAAAAUGAUUCGUUCGCUUUAAGCUCGACAAUACAUAUAUCUCUCAACAAACUAUAAUAAUAUAGGUUAUAAAGUUUCCUUACGUUGAUCGUAAUGAAUUGAAUUUCCGAAAUAAUAUAAAAAUCCUCAGAAGGACGUCCCAAGCAAGCACUCAUAGAUAAAAGAAACAAGUUUAGAUUGGAAAGUGCCCAUAAGAACAAUGUAAAUACUAUUUGGCG